CAAAGGGGUAGGAGGGAGGGGACCGCCCCUAGACCGGUGGCUGCUCGGAGGUCCCGGCUGGCCCUUCGGAGGUCUGCUCUUGUGUUAGCCCCGCAACCGCUGUCUAAGCAAGGCUAGGGUUUGUUAGACGGAGUCAGUUGUAGGGUUCAGAGGGUCAGCAAUCCAUCCUCCGAAUGCAGAGUUUUAGCACUCGUCGCCAGUAUUGGGACUCAGGGGCUAGUAGAUUCCGUGUUUGAGAUGCCAAGGGAAUCUGUCUUUUGAUUCACGGUUCAUCACUUAGAGGUUAGUUUUAGGAUUCAAGUUCGGCAUAUAGAGGGUUUUUGCUCGGACUUGGGAUUCAUGAGAUGCGGAUCAGUGUUACCUUAUUUCUAGGGAUUCACUCUUAGGAUGGUGGUUAAAUAUCUAGGGCAUACUCAGGAUUUGAGAUUCAGUAUUCAGGGUUCACUCUUGGGAUUCGGGGCUUAACAUCUACAGCAUAAGAAUGUAACAGUUGGAAAUCAUUGGGUUUGGGGUUUUGGUUUUGAGGUUUGGGGUCUAAGAGGUCUAUUACUGAGUUUUUGAGUUAGCUAGAUUUGUUUAUGGCCACAGGGAAGUCUGUUGGAUCAAAUUGCAAGGUGUGAAUUUCAGGAUUUAGGAGAAACCACUGUGGGGUUUAAGGUCAGUUGGAAUCUGGGAUGGGAUUUCAGAUGUGUGGGAUUUGUGAGGUGCUGUGUCCAGGGAGGGACUACACUGAAUUUUGGAUUUACAUCCUGUGAGAGGGCUAAGUGUUUCUAUUUGGGGUUUGGGGUUUGCUUGGGAUGUGAGGGGGGUUCUUGGAUUGGGGUGUGAAAUCUGAGCCUGAUUUCUCUGUUGGGAUUUGAGGUUUAGGUAGCAAUUGCCAUCAUGCUGAAAGCUGUGAUCCUGAUUGGAGGCCCUCAAAAGGGUCCCUGGGAUGCAGGAGAUUCUGCUCAUUGGCUUCUACCAACCUGACGAGCCCCUUACCCGGUUUCUAGAGGCUGCCCAGCAGGAGUUUAACCUUCCAGUCAGGUACCUGCAGGAAUUUGCGCCCCUGGGCACAGGGGGUGGUCUCUACCAUUUCCGGGACCAGAUCCUGGCUGGGGGCCCUGAAGCCUUCUUCGUGCUCAACGCUGACGUCUGUUCCGACUUCCCCUUGAGUGCUAUGUUGGAUGCCUACAGACACCAGCCUCACCCUUUCUUGCUCCUUGGCACCACGGCUAACAGGACACAAUCCCUCAACUACGGCUGCAUUGUAGAGAAUCCACAGACACACGAGGUCCUGCACUACGUGGAGAAACCCAGCACUUUUGUUAGUGACAUCAUCAACUGCGGCAUCUACCUCUUUUCCCCCGAAGCCCUGAAGCCCCUUCGGGACGUCUUCCAGCGUAACCAGCAGGAUGGGCAACUGGAGGACUCUUCAGGCCUAUGGCCAGGGGCAGGCACCAUCCGCUUGGAACAGGAUGUGUUCUCAGCCCUGGCUGGACAGGGCCAGAUCUAUGUGCACCUCACUGAUGGUAUCUGGAGCCAGAUCAAGUCUGCAGGCUCAGCCCUCUAUGCCUCCCGCCUCUACCUGGGCCAGUACCAGCUCACUCACCCAGAACGCCUGGCCAAGCACACCCCAGGGGGUCCACGAAUCCGAGGAAACGUUUACAUCCACCCAACGGCCAAGGUGGCCCCGUCAGCUGUGCUGGGCCCCAAUGUCUCCAUUGGGGAGGGGGUGACCGUGGGCGAGGGUGUGCGGCUCCGAGAGAGCAUUGUCCUCCAUGGAGCCACGCUGCAGGAGCACACGUGUGUUCUGCACACCAUUGUGGGCUGGGGGAGCACUGUGGGGCGCUGGGCCCGUGUGGAGGGUACCCCCAAUGACCCCAAUCCCAACGACCCGCGAGCGCACAUGGACAGUGAGAGCCUCUUCAAGGAUGGGAAGCUGCUGCCUGCCAUCACCAUCCUAGGCUGCCGCGUCCGGAUCCCUGCUGAGGUGCUCAUCCUGAACUCGAUUGUUCUGCCACACAAGGAGCUGAGCCGCAGCUUUACCAACCAGAUCAUCCUCUGAGGGGGACUGCCAGAAGUCACCCCUCCAACUCCUGCCCACCCCCCUCAAGGCUGCUGCCUGCAUGGCCAGCCUCUGUCCAAAAAGACCGGAGGAAGCCAGGCAGGAUCUUCACAUGUCGGGGAGCAACGUGGGUGGCCGGGUGGCUGGGGAGACUCCAGCCUCCCUCUCCGCUCCCUAAUAAACCCCCGUGAACCUUGGA